AUGAAAUGUACACCAUGUGCAGAUGGAUAUUUCAUGAGUUGGAUAGGAGAAUGUAAAUCAAUAGACGAAGUUAAAGGAUGUAAAGGAGAAAUAGAUAAAGAAUAUGGAUGUAGAGAAUGUUCAGAAAGAUAUUAUUUAAUAAAUAAAGAAUGUUCAAAAUGUAAAGAGAAUUGUACAACAUGUUCAAUAAAUAAUGAAUGUAAUAGUUGUGAAAAUGAAUAUGUAUUAACAAAUAAAGAAUGUAUUUACUAUUUAGAUAUUAAUAAAUGUAAAGAAGUAAAGAAUAAUAAAUGUUGGAAAUGUUCAUUUUGGUAUGGAACGAAUGAAGAAGGAAAUGAAUGUAAUAAAGAAGUAGUAUGGUGGAUGAUAAUGAUAAUCAUCAUUAUUAUAAUUAUUAUCAUUAUUAUAACAAUUGUAAUGAUAAUAAUGAUGGUUAAUUACAUAAUGAAGAGAAAAGAAAAGAAAGAACGAGAGAAAACAACAACAAUAUUCAAAAUAACACAAUCAAAUAUCAAAUUCAUAUCACUUGGAGAUGGAAUAUUAACAAAUAAGAAAGCAAUUGAACUUCAAGAAGGAGAAGAAAUUAAAGUGAAUGAAGAAAUACGAGAAUUGAUUUGUAUUGGAAAUGAUAAAAAAGAAAAGAUGAAGAUACAAAUAAGUAGUAAAGAAGAAAAUGAGAAAUAUUCAAUUAGAACAAACCCAAAUUUCAUUACAAUUGAAGGAGGAUACGCAUGUGAAUUUGAAUUAUUCAUUAUAAUCAAAUGUACAACUAAAAUCAAAGAUAAAAUAAUGAUAAUUAGUAAAACACUUAAUAAAGCACAAGAAGAAACAAUCAAAAGUAUUUCUAUUGAAGGAGAAACAGAAAUAUCAACACGACUUGAUCCAGAUGAAAUAAAAGAAGAAAAGAAAAUAGGAGAAGGACCAUUUGGAAUUGUUUAUGUUGGAGAAUUUAGAGGAAAUAAAGUAGCAAUUAAGAAAAUAAAACAAAUUGAGAAAAGUGAAGAUAAAAAGAAAGAAUUUGAGAAAGAAGUAGCAAUAUUAGAUAAAUUUCGAGAUGAAUAUAUCAUUCAUUGUUAUGGAGCAGUAUUUAUUCCUAGUAAAAUAUGUAUGGUAACGGAAUAUGUAGAAUAUGGAUCAAUACAAGAUAUAACGAAUAAAAGAAACAUCACAGAAAUAUCAAAGAAAAUAAGAAUCAAAUUUAUGAUAGAUGGAGCAAAAGGAAUUUCAUAUCUUCAUUCAAAUGGAAUAUUACAUCGAGAUAUUAAACCCGAUAAUUUCCUUGUUGUAUCACUUGAUGAUAACAUUGAAGUUAAUUGUAAAUUAACGGAUUUUGGAAGUGCAAGAAACAUCAAUAUGAUGAUGACAAAUAUGACAUUCACAAAAGGUGUAGGAACACCAAAAUACAUGGCACCAGAAGUAUUAAAUCAUCAACAUUACAAAAUGCAAUCAGAUAUAUAUUCAUUUUCAAUAAUAAUAUUACAAUUCAUUACAUAUUUCUUCUUUCAUUAUAAGUUAUGUUUUUAA